AAAGGGUAAUUCCCCGCUUUCGCCCCUAAAGUUUACCUUUCCAACAAUCAAACUUUUAGUGUAAAAGCAAAAUGUGUUUUUGCCUAAAGGGAAACAUAAUGAUUAAAGAGUUUAUUCCGGGACUGCCAAUUGGGAUAACUUAAGAAUUCAUUUCUCUUUUGCCAUACCAAUCGCCAGUUUCUUGGUUUCUUUUCAUCUAAAUUGGCUUUCUGCGUAAUGAAUUUGAAGGAGACAUGACAAACCCUAAGCAUAUUUUUUGGACAUCAUGACAUGGAAUGUUAAUUGUUCUACAUGUAAAACUUACAUCUUUUGACUAGAGUUUAUAGCUCGUAAUAUGCUAUUGGAGGAAGCAGAGUCAUUGCAAAACCGAUGGUGGAGACCAAAGAGAGGGGUUCUUAAGGAAAUCUCCUAUACCUUCUGCAAGCUGGUGUAUAGCUGUUCUGUUCAUCAUGUUCUUCAGAAUAAUCAACAUGAGGCGUGUAAAGUGGCUGAGAGCCAACUGCUUCCGUUGGGAUCAACUGAACCUUCAAGCAGAAAUUUAUCUGCUGACAAUGACCUAUAAGAUGCUGGAGCAGCAAAAGGUUGAAUUGUGCAUUCACAAGCUGGAUUUUAAUGCUGUCAAGUUGUCACACUGUCCGGCUCAAAAUCAAUUCCCUUCCUAAAACUGAACCCCUUUUUUCCCCUAAAAUCCACAUUUGAACUUGUAUUAUCUCUGUUUAAUUUCUGUGAGGCUUGCUGGUGUGUGUGUUAUGGUGUGAAGUAAAAAAGAUGAACGUCAUGUGUUCUGCUUUCAUAAGAUAGAUCGUGGUUUGCAUAUGGAUUAUCAACUGAAUUAUGCAUUUGUUCUUGUUAGUAAUUUUGAAUGUCUCUAUCAAAUGAAUGAGCUUUAUAGCU